UGACGUCAGCGACGCAUGCGCGUCAGAACGGACGGCACUGCAGAAGCAGGCGAGUUCGCGAGUGUAUCGAUUUUACGAUCGUGUCUCUCGCCGCUAGUGCGUCCGUUUCCUUUAGUUUUUAGUGGCCGUGCUCGUAGUACAUGGAUAAAAUCGUGAAUGGGAUUAGUCGCUAGUCUCUUCACUCCGUACACCCGCUGACUCGCAACACUUCGUCACCCUCGCCAUGACCAAGGAUAGAUUAGGAGCCCUCGUCGCGGCCCAGUCGGACGACGACGACGUGGCGGACGAUGUGUCCGUCAACGUCGGCGGGCCCGAUGACUUCAUGACCGAGUUUUUCGCGGAGGUGGAGGAGAUCCGCGAAAUGAUAGACAGGAUCCAGACGAACGUAGAGGAUGUGAAGAAAAAGCACAGUGCCAUCUUGUCGGCGCCACAGACCGACGAAAAGGUCAAAAUGGAGCUGGAAGACCUGAUGUCCGACAUCAAGAAGACGACGAACAAAGUCAGAGCCAAGUUGAAGGUGAUAGAGCAAAAUAUCGAGCAAGAGGAGCACACGAACAAAUCGUCGGCGGAUUUGAGGAUACGCAAGACGCAGCACUCGACGCUUUCCAGGAAGUUCGUCGAGGUGAUGACGGAAUACAAUCGGACGCAAACCGAUUACAGAGAACGGUGUAAGGGAAGGAUACAGCGGCAGCUGGAAAUCACCGGUAGAACGACCACCAACGAGGAACUAGAAGAAAUGCUGGAACAAGGAAAUCCGGCCGUGUUCACGCAAGGGAUCAUCAUGGAAACGCAACAAGCGAAACAGACCCUUGCCGACAUCGAGGCGCGUCACGCUGAUAUUAUCAAACUAGAAAACUCGAUUAGGGAACUCCACGACAUGUUCAUGGACAUGGCGAUGUUGGUAGAAAGUCAGGGCGAGAUGAUAGAUCGCAUAGAAUACCACGUGGAACACGCGGUGGACUACGUGCAGACGGCUACGCAGGACACCAAAAAAGCGCUCAAGUAUCAAAGCAAAGCCCGACGGAAAUUGAUGUUCAUCGUAAUUUGCCUGACGAUAGCGUUCAUCAUUUUGAUAAUCAUUCUGAUAUAUGCGUUGUAAGAGAGAAGAUAGAUCGAGCGUACGAGGAUUCCAUGGGCACGAGAGAUAGAGGCGAUAAUUGGGCCACGAGAAAGACACGUUUUCCACUUUGCGCGUUUUCAUUUUGCAAGUCGAUCGGUCUUUGGCCGAAGAAUCGUCAUCGAUCGUUGACCGGUACACGCUCGUGCGACUUUCGAUGCCUUUUCUUUUUUCGUAAUCUAUUGCAGCUUUUCCUUUUUUCAUCUACCUCGUAACUCGGCUACGCUCGUUUUCACACGGACGUAAUCGAAGGAAGCGGUCAACGAAUCGAAGGGGAAAGUUCGUAAGAAGGAGAGAGAAGCGCGAAUUUUCCCUCUAUUCGUUUUCUCCGUUCGAUUUUCCAAUAAAUCCCGAUCGACGAUCCGCGCCGACUCGAUUCGAUUCGAUUCGAUUCGAUUCGAUUCGAAUUCGGCUCGAACGACGAUGCGUACAACAGACAGAAAGUUUAUCGAGACUGGUCGAGUGGCAGACCGCACACGCAGAGAGAGGCACUAGCUGCGAUUUCCGAAAAUUGGGAUCGAAUUGAGAAUGGUACGACCAAGAGAGAAGGGAGGCGCGCGAUUCGAGGGUGGUGUGUAGCACACGCGACAGAGAGGAUCGUAGAUACGGUAGGGACGAACGGUAUAGGGAACAGAAUUUGUAAUCGAUCAAUUGUGUUUUUGCCGAUUCGUUGAUGCCGAGCGCAGAAGAAGAUUAUGAUCAUGAUCUGUCUCGCUAUACUCGCCGUUGUUGUGGCCACCACCAUCGGUGGAUACUUUGGACUGUGAACGCCGCAAUCGG